CCCGAGUACCCCCAAAGUUCAGGAAACUCCAGCCCCGGGUGCCAGCUUCGCAGCUGGAGCCCGGCUCCCGUGAGCAUUGCCUGCACCCGCCUGUAUUUCCCUGGGAAGAGUCAGGAGGUGGCGCUUUGCCUGCCGCUCGGGAUCCUUUGCACCCAACCAAGCGGCAGCUGGAGGCGCGGGGCUGGAAGCAAGCAGCCCCCCCGACGAGCCUCGGGGCAGACGGCAGCUUGGGCGCUGUAGUCCCGGCCUGUCUGCAGGCCCCGUGCGGGGGGGGGAGAGAACUACGACUCCCACAAUCCUUUGGGCUCCGGGCGGCCCGUCGGUAGAAAGUGAAACCCCUGCGAAGGGAGCUGGCGCCUCGCUGGGGAGGAGACGCGGCGGCGGCUGGAGGUCGGGGCGGCUCCAGCAGCGUCUCCCUGCGCAAGGCGCUUCCUCGCCGCAGAAACUUUGUAGCAAGUUUGGCCAGGUGUGCUGGACACACAGCUCCCUCCAUCUUGCCUCUGAGAUUCCCUGCCAGCGAGGCCACUGCACCACGUGAUGGACUUGGACCCAUAUGCAAGUAUGCAGGUCGGGAUGCGGGUGGUCCGCGGAAUUGACUGGAAAUGGGGCAACCAGGACAACGGCGAAGGGAAUGUUGGGACCGUGGUUGAGAUUGGCCGGCAAGGCAGCCCAACUACACCGGAUAGGACUGUGGUGGUGCAGUGGGAUCAAGGGACCAGAACCAAUUAUCGGACUGGAUUCCAAGGAGCCUAUGACCUUCUUCUGUACGAUAAUGCACAAAUAGGUGUGCGCCAUCCCAACAUCAUCUGUGAUUGUUGCAAGAAGCACGGGAUCAGAGGCAUGCGGUGGAAGUGCAAGGUGUGCUUUGAUUACGACUUGUGCACGCAGUGUUACAUGAACAACAAGCACGACACCUCGCACGCCUUUGAGCGCUACGAGACUGCCCACUCGCGACCAGUCACAGUGGGUCCACGACAGAACUUGCCUCGUAUCACGUUAAAAGGCACUUUCCAGGGGGCCAAAGUUGUCCGUGGCCCAGACUGGGAGUGGGGUAAUCAGGAUGGUGGUGAAGGUAAAACUGGGAGAGUGGUGGAUAUUCGUGGCUGGGACGUGGAGACUGGCCGCAGCGUGGCCAGCGUCACGUGGUCUGACGGCACCACAAAUGUUUACAGAGUCGGGCACAAGGGAAAGGUGGACCUGAAAUGCAUUGUGGAAGCAUCUGGCGGCUUUUACUACAAAGAGCAUCUCCCGAGACUAGGAAAACCUGCUGAGCUGCAGAGGAAAGCGAGUGCAGAGAGGCACCCCUUCCAGCAUGGUGACAAAGUGAAAUGCCUGCUGGACGUGGACAUCUUACGAGAGAUGCAAGAAGGGCAUGGUGGCUGGAACCCUAAAAUGGCUGAGUUCAUUGGCCAGACAGGGACUGUGCACAGAAUCACUGACAGAGGGGAUGUCAGAGUCCAGUUCAACAGCGAAACCCGCUGGACUUUCCACCCAGGAGCUCUGACUAAGCUCAACACCUUUUGGGUUGAUGAUGUUGUCCGUGUGAUAGAUGAUAUGGAAACAGUGAAGCGAUUCCAAGCUGGUCAUGGGGAGUGGACAGAUGAAAUGGCACCUACUCUAGGGCACAUUGGCAAGGUGAUUAAGGUGUUUGGGGAUGGAGACUUGAGAGUGUCUGUCGGAGGGCAAUCCUGGACCUUUAACCCAGCUUGUCUCACGGCCUACCAGAGAGAUGAGGAUGCAAACCUCAUGACAACGGAGAACACCAAGGAAUCCAAAAGCACUUUGAUCUCCAUCCUAGAGAAGCUGCUGUGCCAGAAGAUGGAGUUGGAUCAUCCAGGGCGCUUGGUCAUUGAGGCAGCGCAUGGCAAUGCUGUUAAAGUCCAGGACCUGGUUCAAAAGUACCCAGACAAGGUUGAUAUAAAGAAUCAGGGCAGAACCGCGCUGCAAGUAGCUGCUCACCUGGGCCGGGUGGAGGUUGUGAAGAUCUUACUGCAGGCUAAUGCCAACGUCGACCUGAAGGAUGAAGAGGGGGACGCUGCUCUCCAUUAUGCAGCUUUCGGAAAUCAAGCUGAGGUUGUCCGUGUGCUUGUCAGUCACGGAGCCAAUGCAGACCUGUUGAACAAUGCCAAGUGCACAGCCUUAUAUGUCGCAGUCAACAAAGGAUUCACGGAGAUCGUGCAGAUCCUUUGUGAGCACAACUGUGACGUCAACCUCCCGGAUUCGUUUGAUGACACCCCCCUGCACUAUGCCAUCACUGCCGAUUUGAAAAGCGUCAUCGAGAUCCUCACUGAGGUACCGAACAUCGAUUUCACGGUCCAGAAUCGCCAAGGCUUCAACCUGCUGCACCAUGCGGCACUGAAGGGCAACAAGCUAGCCAUAAAGAAGAUUCUGGCACGAGCCCGGCAGUUGGUUGAUGCUAAAAAGGAAGAUGGCUUCACCGCCCUGCAUCUUGCUGCCCUCAAUAACCACAUAGAAGUAGCAGAAAUUUUAAUCAGAGAGGGUCGCUGUGAUGUCAACCUCAGGAACAGCCGGAACCAGACUCCCCUGCACCUGGCAGUCACCCAGGGGCACAUGGACUUGGUGCAGCUGCUGGUACGCGAAGGCAGCGAUGUCAACGCCGAGGACGAGGACGGAGACACGGCCAUGCACAUUGUCUUGGAACGGCAGCAGCUGAUGUCAAUCAUGGCCGAGGAACAGGAAGGGGGGGAGGGACUGUCCCUCUUUUCCAAGCUCCAGGCUUCAGGCUUCCUUGGAAAUGUAGAGCUGAAUGUUGGUGCUGCGAUUGCGUGUUUCCUAGCACAGGAAGGAGCAGAUAUUAAUUACGCCAACCACAGGGGAAAGUCUCCCCUGGAUCUCAUUGCAGAUGGAAGGAUAGUCCAGAUCAUCAAGAACUUCUCCCAGAAAUUCAGGGAUGAGCAGAUUUCUUCAGACAGCUCUGUGGUGACCUGCAGCCUGCGCAGAGUGCACACCACCCCCAACACGAUGACCAACCUCAGCGUGCCCAGCAUGGCGGCCCCGUCCGAGUGCCUGGUCUGUUCUGAGCUGGCUUUGCUCAUUCACUUCAUCCCGUGUCAGCACAGCAUCGUGUGUGAAGAAUGCUCCAGGAGGAUGAAGAAGUGCAUCAAAUGUCAAGUGACAAUAACCAAAAAACUCAAGCAAGACAGCACAGAGGUGGAAUGCAGCCCCAGUGCCGAGCCCACGGACCAGCGGAAGCUGAUGGAGGAGCUACAGAGCCGCUACCGCCAGAUGGAGGAGCGCAUCACCUGCCCUAUCUGCAUCGACAACCAAAUCAAACUGGUCUUCCAGUGCGGACAUGGCUCCUGCCUUGAGUGCAGCGAGGCCCUGACUGUCUGCCCCAUCUGCAGGCAGACUAUCCGGGACAGGAUUCAGAUCUUCGUCUGAGGAUGUGCGCUCUCCCCUCCCCUUUGCUCCCUCUCCUACCUUCCUUCCUCCCUUUGUGUGUUCAUUUAGUCAAGAAUCAUGACCCAUCCCCUGUGUUUGUCUGACUCUGAAGCCAUCCUGAAAGGGGGAAAGUGAAUCACAAGAGUCACUCAUGGGGGAAACGCUCUCCCCAUAAUGACAGCGAGACGCCAAGCUUGUGGGGAAACGGCCCUCCCGCCCUGUGCUCCUUUCCCAGCAUGGACGGCGCCAGGCGGAAUGCUGACAGGACGCCCCCGUGCUUUGCGCUGACGACGGGAGGGGCUGUGAAACCAGCACCGGGACAGAGUGCUUUCAUGUGCAGACAUUUCAAAAGACAUCCCGCUCCUGUCUAGUUCCCUGCAGCGUCUGAUUCGCAGCCUUACACAGCUCUGGCAGGAUAGGCUGCGGCACAGUCCUUCUCGUUCCCCGGCAGGCUGUGGCAAAGCAAUACUCUCGCACUUUACACAAGGAGGUAUCCAGUGGGAUCGGGCACUGCCCUUGGCUCUCUCGCAGGCUUGUCAGUUGCGGGGGGGGUCUCUCGUUAGACAAUGUGCUCUCAGAACCAAGCCUUUUGGGCGUGACGAGGUACUUGGAUUUGGGCAGCGGGGAGGAGUCUGGAACUGACGUGUUCCCAGAGAGAGACAGAGCGUGUGCCUUAGAGAUAAAGUAGUGAACAUUUACUGAAGAAAAUACUGUUGCAGCGCGUAUUUUUGACCUCUAAGUGACACUCUUCUGCCAGCAAUCUACCUUUUUUUUGCAGCCAUAAUUCCAGAGACUCUUGAGCUUUUUACCCAUAAUGCCAAAGGCAGGUGUCAAAUAUUCCAACCGAAAUGUAAAAAAAUAAAAUAAAAUACGACUAAUAAGGUGGAGGAGAGGAAAUUCGUUAUUCUCUUCAGCAGAAAAAUUUAUUAAAAUAGGACAUUUAUAUUCCACUGGACAUUAAUAGGAAUGUGUGAACAAUAGUGUAAAUCCUGGGGUCAACUUGAUUCCAACUGGAUCAUGUUUUCCAACCAGUUGAUUUGGGAAAAAGCACCAUCCAGUGAACUCUCACCCGUACCUGUGACUGGGUUCUAGUGGUGGCACCCUGAGGAGCUCCCUUGUGUGUGUUUUGUAUGUAGCUUUGUUCUAUGCAGUUAUGCUGCAGACCAGUAUAAUCUUUUCUUACACCUAGAAAGCCGUGUAUAAAAUCAACCGAAACACAGGGUUUCUUUCUUAAAUUUGUUCAUUAGCAAAGACAUGGCAAAGGAUUCAAAUUAGUUUUGAAUCCUUGUGCGUGUGUAGUGGUUAGAGGAAUAUGUAUUGCCUACUAGUAACUCUAAGUGUCCCAGGAAAUUGUCAGUCCCCACUUGCUACAGAUAAUAUCUCAGAAUGCUUUCUCAGUUGAGUUUAUUACAAAGUCUAUGAUUUUUUCCCAGGCAAAGGGACAAUCUUGGGUCACAUUUAACCCCCAAACAUAGAUUAUUUGUUAAAAUAAGAUUUGACAAAACUAACAUGCAGGUUUCAAGAAUUAUAUUUUAUUCCCAGGAAAACAGAUUUUCUAAUAAACACCCCGCCCCUUCCUGGUUGCUGUAUCGUUCUAAGUGAAAAUGACUGUGAAUGGCCAUCUUCUACUACCCUUUCUCAUAGGAAGUGGUACCAGAGACCACCAGUGCCUUCCGAUAAUGUGAGGGCACCUGGCUUCAGCAGUGGAACUGAGCAUGCUCAGUACAAGUCAAGCAAGAAAUGUGGGUGGGGCACAUGGCCCCCAUGUCCCACCCCCAUGCGUUGCCUCUGAGUGGUACUUGAUGCCUCAAAUAAUCCCAUUCAGUGCAAUGGGGCUGCUUAUGAAGUAAGUUGCUACUCAUCGUAAGCGUGGCAGAAUAUGGCCAAAUGGGACUCUUCUGUAAAGAAAAGUGAUGUUAACAAACCUUAUUUUUAUUGUCCAGGCCUGGACAAAUGCUGAAAGCAAACAGUCCGCAUGUAACCACAUAAAGUACGUUUAUAGCUGGAUUUCAGAAGGGCUUCCUGUCGGACUGACUCUGCUCCCACUGAAUGCAGUGGGAGUUCUGCUGUGGAGUUCAGUGGGAAUGGUCAGCCCAGUGCUAAGAUCAUCUGAAAACGCCACCAUGGACUUUCCAAAAUUCUUUAAUAAUCUAAGAUGUGAUUAAGAUGGGCCAGAAAACUUUUUCUUUAAAAAAAUGAGAAUAAUCUGGUUUCUUUGAACCAGACGCUGUCCCUAUCAGGCCUGAUGCAAAGCCAAUUAACACCAAGAGGAAUCUUUCCAUUCAUUUUAAUGGACUUUGAAUCAGGCCCUAAAUCAGAAUGCUGGUCCCAGAUCGGCCUGAAGAGCUAGUGGGAAUAUAACAUUGAGUGCUGGGCAUCUCCUUUGUCAUUAAAAUAAGCUUUACAGUCCUGAAAGUACAAUACUGUCGGUGUCUGUCCAAUCUGUGACAGCUGCACUUACUGCUUUCUGCUGUAAAUUAAUGAUUUUACAGGCUAUAUUUAAAUCCAGUAUCGUACUAAGCAUUAAAAGGACAUUUUCAGAAGUAUACCUCUGCUGCAACAACAAACCAAUGCACUGUGCUGUAUGUCAGACACAUGUUUGUGCUGUUUUGGGGACUGCAUAUCCUGCAACUUCUGUCCCCCUCCUCUCGAAGACUUUGACACUGGACUUCGUCAGUGUACACAGAGAAGGAUACAGCGGAUCUCCGACUUCUUGGUUUUUUAAAAAAUAGUUGUGCGCUAGAUGAAGGUAUCUCGGAUCACUUCUAGGCCUGUGAAAAUGGGGAACUGUUUGUAGUGAGAAUACACAGUCUUCAACCUUCAAGGUGUCUUUCCGCUUUGCAGCAAAUAAUUUUUUUUUUCUGUUUUCCUCUUUUUUAA